GACCUCCACGCUGCCUGAUGACGUCAGAAAAACUCCAUCGCAGGAUUUUUGGUUUACGCCCUCGUCCACUUCACGUUUUGAAAAAAUGAUCCGCUUUUCACGCCUGCUGGCCCGUUUACGUCACUCGCCGGAACCUCAACGCUUGGCAGGCCUCUCAACAGGAACUCAAGGAGGUGAAGCGUUGUACGAGUUCCGCACCUACCAAAUUCGUCCGGACCAAAGCUCCGCCUUCCUGAAGUUAACCAAUGAGAAGAUCCACCUCAGGACCGCCCACUCAGAGCUCAUUGGUUACUGGAAUGUCGAGUAUGGGGCCAUUAAUCAGGUCUUACAUAUUUGGAAAUACGACUCCUUCGGCCAUCGCGCGGCGGUGCGUGCGGCCCUAGCUCAGGACGAGCGCUGGAUCGCUGAGUACAUCAGCAAGGCCAUGCCCAUGCUAAUGUGUCAAGACAACCACGUCGCCGUCCUGCUGCCCUGGAGUCGCAUCAGCUCGCCACCGCACCAGGGAGGGGUCUUUGAACUGGCCUCCUUCAGGACUCGUGUGGGCGCCGCCUCAGUUUUGUCUGCGUCUCUUCAGGACGCCGUCGCCUCCCGUGACUCAUGCGGACCAAGUCACUUAAUCGGUGCUUUCCAAAGCGACAUUGGCCAGAUGGAUACAGUUUACGCCCUGCGUUGGUUCAAGAGCGCCGACGAGCGUCGGCUAGUGGAAAAUGAAGCAAAAGCGGGCCGCGGAUUGAGCCUGGUGGAGUCCCGGAAGACCAAAGUGAUGUUCCCGUGUUCCUUCUCGCCGCUCAAGUGAUUUCCUGACGGGUUGUCAGAAAAUUGAGCCGUCGAUCCCAAGUCGUGUAGUGCUGUCACCACC